AUGGCAGCUGAUGCCUUUCAAGGCUUUAGACAAGGGAAACUAUGGUUUCCAUGCAGAUUUUUCACUAUCAAUGCUGCUACCAUCACACUGAUGGCAGUAGCAAUGAAGCUGCCAGUGGAUCUAUCGGAUGACAUGUCUGAUAGCAGUCAUGAUAUGGUGGCAAAGAUGAUCAGCAUCCUUUUCCUGGUCACCAUGUUAGCUAACUCUCUUCCUUCUCUAGGGCUAAUGAAUGACAGGGAACUUCUAAUGAACAUAAUAGCCUUGGGUAUUCUUAUAGUCACCAUCACUGUAAAUGUUUUGAUCCAAUUUAGUAUUAUGCUGCCUUUCCCAGUCCUGAUACAAAUGCUCAUAUUUAUAUUUUCCCUUCUAUGGCCAUUUCCGGUAGCUUUGACAGUUCCAGAAACUAGAAGAAUUUUACAACACCAGUACGAGGAGUUGCAGGGACUGGUUUCAAAUCAUCAGGAGAUAAAGUUCUCCUCCAAGGCACUCAUACGUUAUGCUAAGAAGUAUUGGAUGAUGGCUAAGACUGGUAAUCCCCAAUUUGCAAUUGCUUGUUCACCGGUUUCUUCUGCUUUUGGGGUUUUAUGCUCAUUCAUUGCUUGCAGUUCAUUUACUCUUUUCAUUAUCCUGUUUUCUGAUACGUCAUAUUUUCAGCGUGGAAAAUAUAUAUUUUCAGAUUAUAAGUGGUCAAUUGAUGUAAUUCUUAUAUUGCAAUUACUUGGGGCAACAGUAGGUAGUAUAGCACCAAUAUUUAGAUGUUUGACUGCCACCAGUCAUUUCAAACUCUCACAGAAAUUGAGCAAGAAUCGUCUAAACGUGUUCCGAGUGGAGAAGCAAUGGAUCCAAAGGCUUCAGAUGUGGAAAAGCAGCCAUGUCUCUUCACAUAUCCUAGGACGGCAUUGCAAAAUGGUUUUCCAUAACAUCAAAAACAUGAUCUUCAACAUUUUCAUUGCAGUUCAGAUAACGGUUGUGAUUAUAUGCAACACAAUAUGCCUCAUUCCCAUAACUUUUCUGAUCUUCCUAUCUUGUACUUACUAUUUCUGCAAGUCAUUGUUGAGAAGCUUUAAAGAAGAAGCAGAUGAAUCUAACAUCCAUAUGAGAUCAGAGAUGGAAGAAUAUGUUGGUUAUGUCCUACAAAUUGAAUUGAAGGCAAAGCUUUCAAAGAAAAUAUUAAGAAACAUGCUCAAUUCUAUGACUCGACUUCUUCAUGAGUCUGAAAAGAAAGAGCCGGAUAAUCUUAUGACGCUUCUCAAGAAAUCUACAGGAUUCUAUGGAGUAAUAGAGUUUGACAAUGAGCAAGUCCCACCUUUACAUCCAGAAGAAAUCGAGAGCUGCUGGAGCCUAGUAGCAGUAACAUUAACUGCCAUUGCCCUUUCACUUCCUAAAACUGCAAACUGUCAUGUGAAGGGAUUAGUUGCUAGUAUGAGGGAAGGUCUCCAAUUUGUAACACAUAUCGAAGAAAGCCUCAAUGCAAACAGUGAAUUGGUAAAGGCAAGAAAAGCAGCAAGACGUGUGUGGACCGACGUUGAAGUAUACUGCAGGUGGCUACAAAUUGAUCUUCAAAAUAAGGCUCGUAAAGGAAAAACGCCAAAGGAGAUUCUCCAAUGGUUGGGUGAUGAAGCAGCAAAAAUUGUGAUACAGUUCAAGACAAGGAAAAAUGUAAGUCUGGAUCACUCACUUUGUAAGUUCAUUGCUGCAAGUUGUAUGUACAAGAUCAGCCAAACCAUAUUGCUUCACUGCAAUAGGCAAGAAAAUUUGCCAACAGAUGAGGAGCUUUUUGAGUGGAUAUCAACCAUAAUCGCAGAUCUGCUAUGUGCUUGCUUUACCAACUUACCACGUGUCAUAACUAUGAAGUGUCAUGAAGAUGCAAUAGAGAAAAGGGAAGAUAACAUCAAAACUGCAGCCAGUGGCGGACCCAGAACUUCAGUGUAG